AUCGGAACUCUUUGUAGAAACCGAGUGUUUGAUUUCGCGGGAAGUCUUUCUUUUCCACUCGAGUCACCGUCACAUUAAAUAAGAUUCUGAAUGUUUAUGUUGCCAGGUUCGGUCUGGUUAACAUCUGAAACUUGUCUACUCUUCUGCCGAGGACGGUGAUGUUCUCUGAGCUGAGCGCGCAGAGCCGCGGCUCCUCCCUGCUGAGCCGGCCGACCUACGAGCAGCAGGAGCCGGUGUUCGAGCGCCUGGUUCCGGCCUACUGUCCCCGCAACGAGCGCUUCAGUGUCGGCGAUCGAAGCUUCAGUCGUCAGUAUGCGCACAUUUAUGCAGCCAGACUCAUGCAGAUGACGCCCGUGCUCACAGAGAGGGCCCAGCGCAAGUGGGGUUCAGAUGUGCCCAUCAGAAAGCUGUGUGAUCUUCAGACAGGAGAGCAGUGUUGCAUUGUGGGAACUCUGUUCAAGCGGAUGGAGCUGCAGCCGUCCAUUCUGAAGGAGAUCAGCGAGGAGCACAACUUGCUGCCUCAGCCACCGCGAGCCAAAUACAUCAGCGAGACAGAUGAGCUCAUUUUGGAGGACGAGCUCCAGAGGAUUAAACUGGAGGGCAAAAUUGACACAGACAAAUGUGUCACAGGUAGUGUUAUUGCGAUAUAUGGAGCUGAGGCUAAUGAAGGCAAGUUUACAGUUGAGGACUUCUGCAUGGCUGAUCUUCCUCUGCAGACAGCGAGACCUCCUAUCAGCUCUGACAGCUUUGUGUUCCUGGCCUCAGGACUUGGGCUCGGCAGCACUCAUGCGGACAGCAUGCUGGGACUGCAGUUGUUGGUUGACAUGGUGACUGGUCAGCUGGGCGACCAGGGGGAGCAGAGCAGUGCAGCAACAAUUUCCAGAGUACUUCUGGCAGGAAACCUGCUGAGCCAAGAUACUCAGGACAAGGACGCAUCAACAAAGCCCAAGUAUCUCACCAAGAAGACUCAGGCUGGCAGUGUGGAGGCCAUUCGCUUGCUGGAUGAGCUGCUGCUGCAGCUGGUGGCUUCUGUUCCAGUGGACGUCAUGCCCGGCCAGUACGACCCCACUAAUUACACCCUGCCACAGCAGCCUCUGCACCGCUGCAUGUUCCCCCUGUCCUCUGUGUUCCCCACCUUACAGCUGGCCUCCAACCCAUACCAGGCUAACAUCGAUGGAGUGAGGUUCCUGGGCACUUCGGGCCAGAACGUCUGUGACAUUCAGAGGUACAGCAGCAUGAACAGUCACCUGGACAUCCUGGAGGAGACGCUGCACCUGAGACAUCUGGCCCCGACAGCCCCCGAUACUCUGGGUUGUUACCCAUUUUACCAAAAAGACCCUUUCAUUUUGGAAGAGUGUCCCCAUGUUUACUUCAGCGGCAAUGCCCCGUCCUUUGAGUCCAAGCUCAUCUCAGGUCCUGAUGGGCAGGAAGUCCUUGUGGUUGCCGUUCCAGAGUUCAGUAGCACUCAGACGGCAUGUCUCGUCAAUUUACGCACACUUGAAUGUGAGCCAGUCAGUUUUUCUGCCUUCUCUGUUGAUGACAAUGACAGUGAGAUGAAUGUGAGCCACUGAGGGUUUGUAACCACAUGGCAACCGGUUGACACUCCUUACUCUGUUGUCAGACUCCACUGUAAGCAAUCACACCAGUAUUCCUUGAACUUUUCUUAUUUACAGUGCUGCCAUCAGACCCGUAACAUUAAUUAUAUGUACUGGCAUUGUUCAUUAAAUAUUUCAUGUGAAUCUUCAAAUAAAAAUAACUUUUUUAUGGGGGAUACAUU